AGAGCUUUUUCUACUAGUCAGAACAAGCAGAGGCACAACGUCAGCAGAGAGGUCAGACACAGCCAUCAAGUGAGAGCGGCAAAGUUUUGGUGAGCAACAGCAGGAGAGACAUUCAGGUUUUGAGAGUCUGAAUUUGAAUUUCAAAGCAAAACAGCAGAUAGGCCAGUGAGAAAAAGAGAGGGAGAAACACAGAGAGAGAGAGAGACUCAUACACACGCGGAGGGGUGUGUCAUAGCAAUUUAGUUCCUUAAGGAAGUAAAACUCAACAUUAUCUUAAGACAGGGUGGUGAGAACUGACAGAAGCGCUGCAGGAGGGCUGUUUUUAUGGCUUUUGGUGUUUUUGUUGGUCAAGAUGAGGGUACUCUUUUAAAUUAACUUGCCUGUGCUGUCAAAGUGAUACACAGAGCGGAGGAAGAGAGACAUCUGACACACAAGGAGGGAGGGGGACUCAGCAAACACUCAGGCAACCAUGGAGGCAUUCAACUCCAAGGAUAUGGCCAUGAAGGCACAGAAGAAGAUCCUCAGCAGCAUGGCCAACAAAAGCACCGUCCAAAGAUUUAUUGACGAUACCACUAGUGAAAUACUGGAUGAGCUUUACCGGGUUUCCAAGGAGUACACAGGAAAUAAAGGAGCAGCUCAGAAAGUCAUUAAAAACCUGAUCAAGAUCGCUGUCAAGAUUGGUGUGUUGUUUAGAAACAACUGUUUCAGUGAGGAGGAACUAAAACUAGCCCAGGAUUUUAAGAAGAAGUUCCAUACAGGAGCCAUGACAGCCAUCAGCUUCUAUGAGGUGGACUUUACCUUUGAUAAGACUGUGAUGUCGGACAACCUGACAGAGUGUAAGAAUCUUCUGCUGAAGCUUGUCAACUCCCAUCUCACCUCGAAAUCUCAUGAUCGCAUCAGCCAUGUCUUCAACCAUUACUCUGACCCUCAGCUCCUGACCAAACUAUAUGAGCCAAGCGGACCCUUCAGACCCCACCUCACUAAAAUCUGUUUAGGACUCAACAAGCUGAUAGAGGAUGGGACGAUAUGACGUGUGAGGAACAUGCUUGCAUCACACAAUGGGAGAUAAACAGGAAACACACACUUAAGACUCUGGACUGGUGGACAAAAUUUCUCUUUUGCUGAGUUGCUGAGGAAAGGCAACUUAAUGCAUCUGGUUUGAAAACAAAUCUGGGUCCCCUUAGCUUUUAGAGAACAUAUCUGAUGAAGUCAAAAGUCAGGAAAAUAAUAUCUCAAUUGUACAAUGUAGAGGGGGCACACACAUCCUGUGUAAGAAAAGUAUCUAAAAAAUUGCUUGAAAGUCAACAGAUUUAAACUGUUAUCAGUGGUCCAAAAUGUUGUUGUUUUAUAUUUGAGACUGUAUUUUUUUUUCUUUUACUGAGACCAAAGGGCUGUGUACAAUUGUGUAAGAAAAAUCAAACAGCAGCUGAAGAGUCUUACCAAAAUGGACAACGAUGCCACUGUGCUGCAACACCACCAUCUGGUGGUUAACCUGUGAUUCUACAGAAACAGUGUACUGCUUACUGAAAUAUGGAGAUAGACAUACAAGUAAUAAAAAAAGGGAAAUAACCACAUAACAAUUACAGGAACAAUUAUUCUUAUCGCUGCCAUUGACUGCACAAACAUUUGAUAAAAUUGGAAAAUUGACAAUGGGAAAGUAUUCACACCUACUGACCUUUUUCACCUUAUAUCAUGUUAAAGCAACAAUCUUUGGUAUAUUGUUUUGAAGUCUUUGGUUAUUGACACACAAAGUUGUACUCAGUGAUUAAGUGAAUAAUUUGGUUUCAAAAUGUUUCAACAAAUAAAAAGUAUGGCAUACAUUUGUAUGCAGGA